GCACCGUCACUCUAUAUUUACACCUAAAACAUCGCCCCCUCUCCCUCCUCGCCUCACUCAACUCUCUCAUCAUGGCAAAACCCGAAGACGACUUGUCCGACCCGGUCGUACGAAACCAUAACAAUGACGAAGAAGAAGAAGAAGAAGGCGAACAAAACGACGACAUCGAAGACGAGGGCGAGGGCGAGGACGAGGAAGAGGACAAAGACCUCGAAUCCCAAAAGGCAAAGCUCCGAAACCGUUUUCAGAAUUUCUUUAGCCGGAUACAACACGAAUCGAUCCCAAUUCGCGUGCACGAUGUGGUAAUCAAAGGGAACACAAAAACUAAAGACUAUUUGAUUGAAGCAGUAACGGCGUCGCUUAAAGAUGCGUCUACUAUUCAAGAGCUGUUUGCGGCUUCGAGUGAAGUGAAUUUUAGGUUACAAGCGCUUGAGAUUUUUGAUUCGGUCAAGAUCACGCUUGAUUCGGGCCCACCGGAGUUGCCUGGCACUGCUAAUGUGAUUGUCGAUGUUGUAGAAACCAGGAGCCCUCUCUUGGGUGAAAUUGGUGUUUUCAACAAAGGCGAGGCUUCAUCAUCAUCGUUGGAGGGUACACUCAAGUACAAAAACAUAUUUGGUUAUGGGGAUCUUUGGGAUGGUGCUCUGGCAUAUGAUUGUGACCGCAAGGCAGAGAUAAGUGCUGGCGUGUUUUUGCCAAGAUUCAAAGGACUUGUGACCCCGGUAACAGCACGAUUAUUCCUGCAAUCUCAAGACUGCCUUAAGUUUUCCUCUUUCAAAGAGCGAUCACUGGGGCUCUCUCUUGGAUUAUUCUCAACCCAGAACCAUGACUUGGUGUACAAUCUUGCAUGGCGUACCCUGACAGAUCCAUCACGAAUGGCUUCGAGUUCAAUAAGGAGGCAGCUUGGUCAUGGUUUACUUUCAUCUUUGAAGUACACAUUUAAGAUUGACAGGAGAAAUUCACCUCUGAGGCCAACACAUGGAUUUGCUUUUGUUUCUAGUACCCAAAUUGGUGGCCUUGCCCCUGAUAGUCAUAGCUUACGAUUUUUGCGCCAGGAGCUCGAUCUUCGUUGUGCUAUACCUCUCGGAUUUUACCGUUCUGCACUGAACUUGGGGAUAUCUGCUGGUGUUGUUUUUCCCUGGGGAUCUGGAUUUUUAGGCAUGUCUUCACCACUGCCAGAAAGAUUCUUCCUUGGUGGCAACCUAUCUCCGGUUUGCACUUUGGGUGGCCCGACAUCAUUAUGGGGGUUUAGGACAAGAGGUCUGGGCCCUACUGAGCCUCGAAGGCAAUUUCAGAGUAACCCAGCCAAUGAGAACACUGAUUCUGGAAGGGAUCAUCUUGGAGGAGAUCUUGCUCUUGCUGUGUUUGCAGAUUUUUCUUUUGAUUUUCCAUCAAAGUGGUUAAGUGCGAAAGGAAUCCAUGGACACUUUUUUGCAUCUGCUGGGAAUGUUGAAAAACUAACAGAAAAUGCAUACCGGAAUUUUUCUUUACGGAAGUUCACAGAAUCAUUUCGUAGCUCUGUAGGAGGUGGAGUUGUUAUUCCUACAAAUCUCUUCCGAAUGGAGUUGAAUUAUUGCUACAUCUGGAAGAAAUUUGGUGAGGACUGUGGCAAGUCAGGAUUCCGUGUCAGCUUUGCUUCUCCCUCGUAGCAUGCUCAGAGUCUUCCAUGCCAGGUGGUUGAGUUUCUUUUUUUCUCUUUUACAUGCUUUUGACACUGCAAAGAAAAUCUUACAUUAGACAGCCUUCAUUCUUUGUUUCAAAUGUAACUUUGAUCGUGCAAAUUCAGUGCGGAAUUUUACGGUGCACAAAAAGAGAGUAAUAAUAUGAUAAAAACGAAACAGUGACCUAGGUCGUAUGUUUCCAGGUGUUCCAUGAAACCUUUGAGCGUUCCAAUUUUAGACAUGAUUUUGCAGGGGAUCUGAUUAUCCUGUUUGUCAUUAUAAUGUGAGUGUUUUGAUUUUUAUC